AUGUGUGCAAUGAAGAAUGUAAGUCCAGGCAUUGUUUUUUGAGGGAUUUAGGUUUUUAUGAAAACAAGGGACCUUUGAAAAAGAUUUGGGAUCAGAAAUGGGUAUCAAGUUGAAUAAAAGUGAUAAAAAAGAAGAAUGCAGUUGGAUUGUUGAGUCAAAUAUAGAUUAUUGAUGCUUAUUCUGCCUCUGCGCUUCUUUCUAGGGCUAAUUCAACCUGUAGUAAGCUGUUUUUGACCAAAAAAUAUGUUAAUUUACUUUACACAUGGCAAGAUAGAUAGAAUUCGAAAUUUUGUUGGCUAAAACAAACUUAAAUUGGUCCCAAAUGCCUCUAAAUGAAUUGUUUUUUUUCUAGUUAAUUUUUGAGCCAUCUAGAACCUAACAAAGGCUGGUUUUAGCCUUCAGAAGUAGCAAUUACCUCUAUAUUAUCUAUGGAUAAAAAAGAAGUUGAACUCCCAAUUUUAUUACCCAAAUUUGCUGCUAGUGUUACGUCAAAGCCGUAAUGAACUAGCACAACCACUUCCGUUUGAAGUUUGAGGAAAAAAAACUGUCUUAGAACCAGAGAUUGCCACGGCUCCGGAGCCGGCUCUUGGCUCCGGCUCAGAGCGGCUCCGGCUCCGAGCCGGGAGCCAGAGCCGGAGCCGGAAAUUUUGGGGUCGGCUCCGGCUCCCGAGCCCAAAGUCGGAGCCAAGCUUCCCAGCGGUCAGAAAAGUAAAAAUUUCGUGAUCUUGUUAAACCAAAUUGCUUGAAAAAACACUGAGGAGGAUGUCACUUGACUGCAAAAACGUUGGCUGUAUGUUGGCUGGCCCUAACAACUUUUAUUUUUGGAAAAAUAUUUUUAAAAAAACAUUUUGCAUAGGAGCCGGGAAUCGGAGCCGGAGGCCUUUUUAAAUUUUGCACGGAGCCAAGAGCCGGAGCCGGAGCUGCAAAUUUAGCCUCGGCUCCGGCUCUGGGAGCUAAGAGCCGGAGCCGGAGCCGAAAUUUUGACCGUGGCAAUCUCUGCUUAGAACCCAAGUUACCAUUAGAUGUCAAGUACAAUAUAAUUUGCCCAUUUUUUGUAGAAGCUCGGUGUUUAUAAUCAUGUCGGGUUCUUCAACACCUACGCCGAGGCUUAUGAGACUAUCGAAACGGAGUAUCGGUAUCAAAAAACCCUUCGUGACAGUAACAUUAGAGUCUACAGGUAAGAUGGCUCUAAAUUAAGGCUACCUUUCAUUUGAGACAGAUUUCAUUUGGGGUAGAUCGAAUAUUAGCCCAAUAUGUAUAGCCAAUGUUGCAAAAUUCUUUGAUUAGCCAGCUAAAGGUCGAAAUCACAGCAAAAUUUUUUAAUGGCUAGCGAAAAAGCUGGAUCGGGUAGCCAACGUGUCAGAAGGGCUUUGAAAUCUCGAAAAAAGCUUGUCAAAAAGUUGGAAUAGAUGUAAAAAGUAGGCAUAACAAAAGGAUUUUUAAUCGCCAAAAAAACCCGGAUCGGCUAGCCAAAGUGGACAUUCUAACAGUUUGGCUAGCCGAUCCAGGUUUUUGACUAGCCAUUAAAUUUUUUUUUGUAAUGCCUACUUUUUGACACCCAUUCCAAUCUUUUGACUAGCUUUUUUUGAGAUUUCAAAGCCUUUCUGACACUUCGGCUACUCGAUCUAACUUUUUUGCUAGCCAUUAAAAAAUUUAGUUGUGAUUUCAACUCAUUGACUGGCUGGUCAAAGAAUUUUGCAACAUUGGCUAUACAUAUUGGGCCAAUACCCGAUCUACCCCAAAUCAAAUCUACCUCAAAUGAAACGCUCCGUAAAAUAAUGUAAACCCCCCUUUAAGAUGCCGUUCUCAUCGAGGACACAAGUGCAAUGCGACGGUGAAGAUCGUAGUCUGUCCUGAUGGGCGAUUUGAAGUGGGGAAACGGUUCCAACACAGUCAUAGUGUAAGUUUUUCGAGUAAUUUUACAAAUUCUGAGUGUUGCACUUGAUGCACUUCAGCAGGUAGUAAUAAAAUAUUAUUUUUGAUUUUUCAGACAGCCAUUUUCGAAAAUAAAGGACUCUGGGAACGGCAUGGACGGAAAUGGGUCCCACCCGAGAUAAGUGACAGUAAAAGUGCGGAGAGCGCGUCGGAAAGUGAUGCAACGAGUGAAAAUAAGGAUAACAUCAAGAAGAAGGCCAAAGUCGAGAAGAAUGUUGAAAAGUCCGAAGAAAAAGCGGGUACAGUCAAGGAAUAUCGAAUGAAACAGCCCAGAGGACCUCGAGGACCCUAUAAGAAAAGUGAGUUUCGAAAAAUUUCUCUCGAAAACCCGAAAAAUACAGGAUUAUUGUUUUCGUGGUGGGACCUAAAUUAAUAUAAAUUUUCGAAAAAUUUUGGUCAAUUUGUGAUUUCGAAUGCUUUUUGAGAGAAUGUAAAGUGUACAGAAGAAGAAUUUAGAGCAAAACAUUACAGAAAAAAAUUUUAUGGGCAAAAUUCGUCAACCUGCCUAGUGUAAGGUGAUGAAAUAGAGUUUUUCGUCGGAAAAAGACGGUUUAAUUGGUUGUAAAUGCUCUAAAAUUAAUUCUGAGAGCAUUUACUAGUAUUACGAGAAAUUUAAUAUGUCAUAAUGACCGAUUUUUUCUUACUUUUGUUGAAAAAAUUCUCGUUUUUUGACCCUUUUUUUAUAAAAAUCCCCAAAAAUGAAUAAAUAAUGGAAAAAUUGCCCUCCCAGAGAAAGACGUUCCUCCACCACCCUCCGAAGAGCUCAGCCUCUCCGAACAUUCCAUCAAUUUGCUACUCCAAAGCCUUCAAGAAGACCUCAAUUCGAGCAGUGAAACGUCAGACCAAGUGGAACAAAUUGAUGUAAAAAUCGAAAAGGAUGAUGAAAAAAGUGGUCCAUCGAGCUCAGAAAUGAAAGAUCAAACAAUUCCGGAGAUAAAAAUGGAUGAUCUUGGUGUUGGAGGUUCUAAUUCACCGAGUAGCAACUAUAAUGAUGAUUUAGAUGAGCUGGAGGAAAGAAAUGCAGUUUUGAUGAAAGAAAACUCGGAAUUGAUGUUUAAAAGUAAGUAGAUAGAAGGGAAAUGGAUUCUUUUUUACAUUUCAGACUACAAAAUUCUGGAUUUAUUAGGAAAUUUUUUGAAAAAUUAUUUUUUUUUCCGAUUUUUUGCUAAAUUUUGAGAAUUUUUAGCAAAAUCUUGGAUUUUCAUGUUUAAACAGGUACUUUCAAGUGCGAAACAACUGUAAAGUUAUAUUUUACGACAGAUCUAGGCAAUAUUUUAAUGAGAAUUGACCUUAUUUUAGAUGAAAAUUACAAAAAAUUUUAUUAUUUUUAUUUUUUUCUAAAAAUUAGGCUUUCAAAAAAAUUGAUUCAAUUUUUUCAGUGAUCCGUCUAAAACGACAGCUGAGGCAGAAAUGCCAAGAGAAUAAGGCGCUGACAGCUGAAAACAUCCGGCUAAAAUCCCAAUUGGAUAAACAGUAA